AUGUCAUUACAGAAGCUAACUGGAGAAUUAUAUCAAUUGUUCGAAUCAGAAAAAUACACGCAAUGUCAGAAGAUCUUGACGCCAAUCAAGAUUGAAUUGAUUAAACACAAUUUAUUAGUGCCAUUGGCGUCAAAUAGUGGAAAUAAAGAUCAGUUAAAUGACUUGAAGAUUGCGGAACGGAUUUUGGAGAUUGGAUCCUUAGCAUCAUUGUUAAGUAAUGAUUACCAGGGAUUCGAGAACUAUUUUGCGCAAUUGAAGCCAUUUUAUAGUAACGAAAAGCUCCACAGCAAGUUGGAGAUAAAUACUGACUGCACCAAGAUUAUCUCGUUAUAUUUGUUAUAUUUGUUAUCACAGGGGUUAAUUUCCAAGUUUCACGUUGAAUUGGAAUAUAUCUUCAACAAACGCCAAUAUAAUAUUGAAAAGGAUUCGUACUUGCAAUUCCCAAUUAACUUGGAAAGAAACUUAAUGGAGGGUAACUAUAAUAAGAUCUGGAAGUUGUUGAAUGAGUCAGAUAAUAAGCUCCCAUGCAAGGAGUACAAGCAUUUCAUUGAUACAUUAAUUACUGCAUUAAGAUUUGAGAUCGCAAAGUCUUUAGAAAGAACCUACGAAUCCUUGCCUGUUAGCAAUUGUAAGAACUUGCUAUACUUUCCACAGGAACAAUCCGAUUCUGUGUUCCAGCAGUUUUGUGAAAGGGAUUUGGAAAUUGAAACCUGGACCUUUAAGGAUGGUACCAUUUUCUUCCAUUCUAAGGGUAAAGAUGAGACAAGCGGUGAUAAUUCGACGGCUGUCAUUAAUAAUGUAUUGAACUACGCAGAGCAAAUCGAGUCCAUCGUAUAA